AUGAAUAGUGACUAUGUCGAAAGAGAGAAGAUAUAUACUGGUCCCCUUUCAAUAGUAUACAAAGCCAAGGAUGCCAGGAAUGGGAAAAUUGUAGCAUUGAAAGUAGUAGAUGUAGACUUUUUAGUUAAACCGCAUAAUAUCAAAAGAGAAAUAGAGUUCUUAAAGCUUCAAGGGCAAGUAGGUGGUGAAAAAUUUGGCAUUCUACAGUAUAUAAAUUCUUACAAGUUUGGAGAUGAUGAUAUUCUUGUCACUGAAUACUAUGAUAUCGACUUAAAUUCCUUGCUUGUAUCACACAAGAAGAGAUCAGUUAAGUACGACUGGAGCAAUCCGGAACAAAAUAAGUAUGUCUUCAAAAAUCAAUUCCCCACAGAUUUAGCUACUUUUAUAUUUUAUAAGCUUAGCUUAACAUUAAAGUACCUACAUGAUGAAUGCCAAAUAAUACAUAGAGAUAUAAAGCCAUCGAAUGUUUUCUUCAAGCAGAAUAGAGAGGGAGAAGUCUACGAACCAGUGUUGGGAGAUUUUGGUAUUCUCUACGACAAGAAAUGUCCUCCCCCAGAUGAGCCACCCAACGAAAAAUAUACCGAUGUAUCCACUGGGUGCUAUAAAGCCCCUGAGCUUUGCUUUGGAACAACAGAUUAUGAUACAGCGAUAGAUAUUUGGUCAUUGGGAGUAUUGGUGAGUAGAAUGUAUUCAAAUGAUGGAUUUGAAUGCGUCAAGAAUGAUAGCGGGAGUGAUCUUGGUUUGAUUCAUUCUAUAUUCCUGCAGUUUGGAACACCGAAUUUAGAAUCAAUUGACGAAAAAAAAGACAAGAGAUAUUGGCCAGAAAUGAAGGGAAAUCAGCAGUUUGAAAUGUUCAACUUUAAUAUAAAUGAAAGAAGGAGUCCAAGCGAACUAAUCCCCAGGUGCCCUAACAACGAGAUCAGUGUGCUAUGGGAUGAUUUGAUGGUAUAUCAAUCAAGUGAGAGACCAAGUGCACGUGAUAUAGUUCGCAGAAUAGAGAGUAUCCAAUGA